AUGGCAAGCCAGCAAGUCACUAACGACGGGCUAGGAGAACCCCUAACUCUCCAGCAGACCCUCCUCACCAAAGGAGCAGCACUUACUCAGGAUUUCAAGCCCUUGAAAAACAUAUGCGCGCAUCUGAAUGCCUUUCACGCGUACGCCGACGACCCGCAACGCGCAGUAGAGACGAAUCAUUACUGCGGCCACGUGAACAAAGAUGUGCGCCAAUGCCUUCUUUAUGACUCGGCCGAGCCCGAUGCACGACUUAUUGGCGUUGAAUACAUGAUCGCGCCCGAGCUAUUCGAUACGCUAUCUUCCGAAGAACAAAAGCUCUGGCAUUCGCAUGUCUACGAAGUCAAAUCCGGAAUGCUCGUCAUGCCAAAUCCUGUUGUUCCUGACGCACUUUGGGCUCAAGCGGAGCACAAAGAGAUGGAGAACGUGGUCCGGCUGUACGGCAAGGUUUACCAUCUAUGGCAGACAGACAAGGGCCACAAACUGCCGCUGGGUGAGCCAAAGCUUAUGACGAGCUUUACAGCCGAUGGGCAGUUGGAUUUUGGCAGAGUUGAAGAGAGGGACAAGAAAUUCAACGUCGACUAUAAAACGAAAAAAGGGCAGAGAGAGGACAUUCCAGUGCCUCAGAUCCACCCAAAUGCGGAUAAUGCCUGGAAAAAGAAUUAG